AUGCUGGCCAGGGGGCUCCCCUCCCGCUCAGUCUUGCUCAGAGGUUGCCAGGCCUCCCUGAGCACUGCCCAGGAGGGCCUGGGUCACCCGGGGGUGCCCACCCGUGAGGGAGUGGGCAUGGCCACCCGCAGCCCUCGGCCCUACCACGAGAUCCCCUCCCCUGGGGACAAUGGCUGGCUGAACCUGUACCACUUCUGGCGGGAGAAGGGCACGCACAGGAUCCAUUAUCGUCAUGUACAGAACUUCCAGAAGUAUGGUCCCAUUUACAGGGAGAAGCUGGGCAACCUGGAGUCCGUUUACAUCAUGGAUCCCGAGGACGUGGCUCUGCUGUUCAAGUCGGAGGGCCCCAGCCCCGAGCGGUUCCUCAUCCCGCCCUGGGUCGCCUAUCACGAGUACUACCGGAAGCCGGUGGGCGUCCUGCUCAAGAAGUCCGAGGCCUGGAAGAGAGACCGCGUGGCCCUGAACCAGGAGAUGAUGGCCCCGGACGCCGUCAAGAACUUCGUGCCCCUCCUGGAGGCCGUGUCUCAGGACUUCGUUCGCAUGCUGCACGGCCGCAUCCAGCAGGGGGCGUUCUCUGGCGACAUCAGGGACGACCUGUUCCGCUUUGCCUUCGAGUCCAUCACCAACAUCAUAUUCGGGGAGCGCCUGGGGAUGCUGGAGGAGACGGUGGACCCCGAGGCGCAGCGGUUCAUCAACGCGGUCUACCAGAUGUUCCACACCAGCGUCCCCAUGCUCAACCUGCCCCCGAGCCUCUUCCGCCUCUUCAGGACCAGGACCUGGAGGGACCACGUGGCCUCCUGGGACACGAUCUUCACCAAAGCUGACGAAUACACCCAGAGCUUCCUAUGGGAUUUGAGGCAGAAGCAGGCCCUCGGGGGCAGCUACCGUGGUAUCCUCUACAGCCUCCUGGGGACCAGCAAGCUGCCCUUCGAGGACAUCAAGGCCAACGUCACCGAGAUGCUGGCCGGAGGUGUGGACACGACGUCCAUGACCCUGCAGUGGCACCUGUAUGAGAUGGGGCGCAGCCCUAGGGUGCAGGAGAUGCUGCGGGCGGAGGUCCUGGCCGCCCAGCGCCAGGCCCAGGGAGACAUGACCGCAAUGCUGCAGUUGGUGCCGCUCCUCAAGGCCAGCAUCAAGGAGACGCUGAGGCUGCACCCCAUCUCGGUGACCUUGCAGAGAUACCUCGCAAAUGACCUGGUUCUCCGGGAUUACAUGAUACCUGCCAAGACAUUGGUGCAGGUGGCCAACUAUGCCAUGGGCCGGGAACCCAGCUUCUUUGCCAACCCAGAGAAGUUUGACCCCACCCGAUGGCUGGACAAGGACAAGAACGUCACUCACUUCCGGAGCCUGGGCUUUGGCUGGGGUGUGCGGCAGUGCCUGGGCCGCAGGAUCGCCGAGGUGGAGAUGAGCAUCUUCCUCAUCCAUAUGCUGGAGAACUUCAGAAUUGAAAGCCAACAGCUCAGCGACAUGGGUACCAAGUUCAACCUCAUCCUGAUGCCCGAAAAGCCCAUCUUCUUAACCUUCCGGCCUCUCCAUCAGGACACGCCCCCCGCGUGAUGAGAGGGGAAGGCCCCGCCCCACCAGUGGGGGGGUCACGGCGGUCGGUGCAUCUCUGGCCCCACCCCGCUCCUCUUCCCCACUCUGCCCUUCCUCGCCCAUAUCAGGACAAUAAA